AUGAUCAAAAUACGAAAGAGCUUGCAGGUUAGCUCUGUCAGCAAGUUAAUUUUGCGACUGUUGUCUGGAAGGAUUGGAGAUCCCAUUGGUCAAGAGGUGUACCACAACGUUACUGAAAACUUUGGAUCUUUAAGCCCAUUGAUUCACAUCACCAACACCGGUGCCUAUUACAUUCUCUUUAUUGAAGGAACUGUGCAAGGAGUGGCACUGAAAGAUAUUUAUUUACAAGCAACUGGAAUGUCACUUACAGCAGACAAACUAAACGCAGAUGUUCUCAAAUCAGAUUCUGAGUGGGAGAAAAAGACUGAUCCAGCGUCAAAAAUGAUUCAAAUCCAUAAUUCCAGAACAGCGAAGUAUCUUCAGGCAGUCCAUGUACAAGGAAAGAAUGCUGGAAAACUGUUAAUCAGUACUGAGGACAGGGUUGAGCUUUUGGAUGGACAAAACCUGCAGACACAGUGGCUCCAUAAUAUAUCUCAAAUGCAAGGAGCACCAGUGUCUGGUUACUUCAACGCUGAUGAUGUGUUUGAUUUCCUAAUUGAAGAUUUCAUUGAAAAGAACAGAAAGAAGGUUACUAUUGUUGAUGGUGAAAAUGGCAAGAUUCUAUGGGAAGAGGAUUUAAUAUGCAGAAAAAACUGUCCCAAACCAUCCUCCAUCAACACUGUAUCCCAAACAGCUUUCCUUUUCUGGGGUGAACUUCCAACACAAGCCAAUGGCUCUAUGCCAGAAGAUUUAACUGAGAAUAGACAUUAUCUCUAUAUGGUUCAUCCAUCACAUCCAUACAUAAUUCUGGAGCUAAAAAACACUACUGAAAAUGUGCUUUCCUUUACUACUGCCUUAUUUGAACGUAGCAGACAUGCUUGCAAUGUACUGCUGUUAGGGCAGCCUGUGGGAAGCAGACAAGGACCAUUGACGGUUAUCAAACAAAAACUCAAAGAAGCCAUCUCUUUAAGCACAGUCAGACGUCUGAACAAGGGGCACGAUGUCUUCAGUGAUGCUGAAAUUAAGGAAUACUUCUACAGAAUACGAUACAGCGACUAAUGGUAAAUGGAAAACAAAUCAAUGAAGGAACGCCCUGCUGUCUUUAUUGUUGGAUAUAUUUAUGUACAUGAACUUUUUGUUCUAUUUCUUGCUGGCAAAAAAAAUUUGCCUGCAAAAUAUUAUGUACUUUUAAGAUCAUUCAUAAUGAAGCCUUUUGGUUUCCGAGUUUCAUCUGAUAUUUAGCUUUCAAAUGGUGAAAGUCAAAAUUAAAUCCUAGAACAAGGUAGUAAUUCGUAAACAGUUAGGAUAACUGUAACAGCAGUAGUCACUGACAUGUUUCAUUAGCUUAUUUUUUUUAAAAAUUCUUUGAUGGGAUGUGCAUGUUAUGACAAGGCCAUCCUUAAGCAUCCUUGAACUGAAUGGCUUGCUCGGGCAUUUAAAAAAGCAGUGAAGUACUUGGCUAUAGCCCUGAUGUCACCAAAAGAAGGGCCAUUAGGCAGAUGGAGUGUGUGGUAGUAAUGUCACUUGACCAGUAAUCCCAGUUUAGUGUUCUGAGGACAUAGGUCCAAAUCCCUGUAGAUGUUGAAAUUUGGAUGCAGUGAAAAUCUGAAAUAAAAAGCUAUUGUAGUGAUGGCCAUGUAACCAAUGUCAAUCGCUGUAAAAACCCAUGUGGCCCUCUAGGAGUGGAAAUCUGCAGCUAUUACGUACGUGUGACUCCAGAUCCAUUACAACAUGGUUCACUCUUAAUUUCCCUAUGGGCCAUUAGGCAUGGGCAAUAAAGGCUGGGCCUAGCCAGUGAUGUCCAUGUCCCAUGGAUGAAUAAAGAUUGUUUUUCUGAAAAUCAAUUAUUGCUAAAAAUGUUAAUCUAAUAAUUGGCAUAAAUUUAGGGAAUAAUGACCAUAUCUGACAAUAGUGCAACUUUAAGCUGACUGCUUUUUUUCUUAUACUCUCACGUCUAUUUAAAAAUGUAGGCACCAGUUACGAUACUGGAAACUGAGUGCAGUAUUUUUAUUAGUACAUCAGCAAGACUCUGGGCAUUUUUUGUAUGCAGUGGGAUCAGUGAAUGGUAUUCCUCUAAUGACAAAGGAAGCGUAAGUUAAUCUGAAAUGUAUCUGUGACUGGAACAACACAUUGAAGAAAGCCUGAGUACUGUCCUGCUAAGAAUCAAUAUGUUACUUAUUAAGGGACUGCCAAAUUACAUGUAUCCAUUCCAGUGCAUUCCCCAUCACUGUGUUGGACAGGCUCCUCAUCUGUGUCCAGCCUAUUUCCUGUCUUUCUGCUCUCACCUCUUCCUCUCCUUCCUACACCAAUGUCAGGAUUCCCUUUGUCUUCAAUUCCAAUCACAUCAGCUUUUGAAUCAAAAAAAUCAGCCUCUGUUGUUUUUGCUACCUCCAGCACAAUGGUCCACAAUCAAGGCACUUGUCUUGCAGUCACAGGAAGUACAAAGCCUUAUUUUUUUUUACAUCUUCUCUCUAUCUAACGCCCCAAACCCUCCUUCCAGGGGAAGCAGCAACUUACUUGUUUCUUUCAGUUCAGACAACUGUGUUUGCUUCUCACAAUGCAGUUUACAAUGGCAGGAGCAAUCUCAGACUGGACUGACCGCUUUGCAGAGCACUCGAUCCAUAAACAUGAUCCUGAGCUUCCAUAAAUGAAUGCUUACCAUUUAAUUCACCACUUGUUCCACAUGAAUUUGUCCUUGGCCUGCUGCAGUGAUCCAGUGGAACUCGGUAGAACCUCAAGGAACAGCAUCUCAUUUUUUGUUUAGGAAUUUCUGCACUCAGCAUUGAGUUCUGCAAUUUCAGACCAUGAACUUUAUUCUUCUGCCAUGUGUCAAUGUGAAUUUUGUUUUUAUGUUAUUGAUUUCAGACAGGGCUGUUCAUUAUUCUGGCAUUUAAACUCACUUUGGACAAUUUUUUUUUUGUUAGAUUCAUUAUCAUUCCCUGUGCCUUUUGCUGCACCACAUCUUUGUCAUUUAAUCUCUGUCACCCUCUUCGUCAGUCCUUCCCUUUUGAUCUUCUGUCUCCUUCCCUCCCUUCAAUGGCCUAAAACCCAUCACAAUUCUACCUGCUGUCAGUUCUGAAGAAUGCUCCUAUUCAACUUAAAGCAUUAACUCUGUUUCUCCAUCCACAGAUGCUGCUGGACCUGCCAAGUAUUCCCAGCAUUUACUGAUCUUAUUUAAGAUUUCUAGUGUUUGUUUUUUGUUUGAUCUCUAUAUUUGAAUUAUACCAAGCAUAACGGAUUAAACAAAUAAAUAUGUUGGCAUUAUUUGUUGGUAGCUAAUACAAAGACAGAUUAGGUUAGCUAUAUUUUGUUCACUGCUUCCAUAUAUUCCCACUGCUAGUCUGCUCAAAAAAUGAAUUAAUUGAGUGUAAAUUAGCAGGAUAGAGGGGGAAGCCAAAAUGCAGGCAAGUGGAGGUCCCAUUGAAUUGAGCUUAAUUCUAUUUCUUGCAUGACAAGUGGCAGAAUUCAGCUGUGGACCAUAGGGGACACUACCUGAUGUUAAGAAAAUAUCGGGAAUUGGGAAAGGGAGGUGAGAAUUAGACCAACAGUCUGGCAGGAGAGAGGAAGAGAUUGUGGGUCUAACAAUGCGGGAGAGGAGUCCUUAAAUUGAGGCUUGUGGGUUACAGGUCAGUGGAGGCCAGCACAUCACAGCAGCAAGGAAAAACCGUAAUUGAAAGGUUUUCUUGAGGCACUCCCUUGACUGCUAUGUAGUGUUCAAUAAAGGACUGAACUGUUAAGUCAGAUAUUUUGAUCUACAGUUAGCUGUAUUUUUUUUAACCCUAGCAACCUUGAUCAGCAAAAACUUUACUAAAUUAACCCAAUUUUGCGAUGGAACCCUGAUUUAAGUAAUAGAGUUCUCAACUCUCCAAGCCCGCUCAGAACUGACAGUUGUAGAAGCAACAGAGGACACGUAGGCAGCAGGUUGAAAUCACAUCUUGCAAUUUCUCAAUUUUAAUACUGCCCUCUCUGAAGCUGGUAGCUGAUAUAUAAAGGUAUGUUUUUUAUUAAAUCUACACUUUUUCCCUUUGGUUGAUGUAAUUGAAGCAUAACAAAGCUCUUGUGCUAACUAGAGAAUAUUUAAAUGUUCAUUACCACAUUACAAUGUGGUUUUGCAGUAUAGAAGUAUGAAUGUAAAAUGGACGAAGCUACAAAGUCUAGUUGUUUUUUGCAUUGGGAAGAGUAACACUAUAUGAAUACUUCAAAUAAAGGCCAUGUUUCAUGGAGCCCUACCAGAAUAUUUGCCACAUGCUAACUUUGAUCCAUUAACCAGAAUCUUGCUAGAAAUAAUUUAGUAAAACAUGCUGUUAGAUAAAAUGUUACAAUUUUUCUUGUAUGGUAAAUAUUUAUGGUCAGUUUGAAUUAACUAAAACUGUACAAUGUAACUGACCAUGAUUUUUUUAAAAAAUAAAUUUAAUCAACCUAAAUUUGAAAAAUACUUAAAAUGCAAGUUGAUGUAAAUGCUCCAUUCUUCCAAUAUUCUUUAUUGUUUUUGCAUAUUUUCCAAUGUUGAGUAUUCUCUCACAAUAAACAAACAUUAAUUAUUUUCAGAGUUAAUCUUCUCAAGUACUCAAUUAAUUUUGUUCAAAAGAAUAUAGCUGGUUGAUGGGCACUGUGCACCUUAUUCUGAAUCUAAUAAUGUAUAUAGGGCACUGAUUAAAAUUAAACUUUCUACAACAUAAAAUGCAUUAGUUGAGUACUGUGUUAGUGUUAAAAUUCUUACGAAAAAUAGCUGAAGAAUUAAGUACAUUACCAGGUCUGAGAAGUGUUCGAUUCCUGAGGUUUUUGUACCUUUUGGUUAUGGUAGCCUCAGCUUUGCAUUUGAGGUGUCAUUACAGAAAAUAUUCUUAACCUUUUCAGAUUUGGUCAGUGGUAUCAAACACAGUUCUAAUGUGGAAUGGUACAAUGGAAUGGUAAUCUAUAAUACAUAACUGCAAUGUAUAUUGGACAAACUGGAUUAAAUAAGAAACUACUGAAGUAAUUUAAGUAACAAAUUGCUAAUUAGCUUAAAUAAAUUAAUUACAGUGAAUAGAACUCACUGAAGUCUCAGAAGCAGUGGGCUGUAAGUUGUUGGCCUUGACACAGUAGUUGUGCUUUUGGCUGUUAGUCUGAAAGUGGUAGGUUCAAGUACUGUUGCAGAGAUGGGAGCAUAUUCAUCCAUGUUGUGACACUUCAGUGUGGUGUCACAGGAAUCUUGCGCUGACUGACAUUUCAGCUUUUGGAUGACCGGUAAAAGCAAAACCCUCUCUGUUCUCUCAAGAUAUGGUUCAAUAUUCUAUAGCAGUCCUCGAAGAAGAGCUGGGGAUCUCUUCCCAGUAUAUUAAUUAAUAUUUAUCUUUCAACCAACAGAAAUCGAAAAUGCUGUGAAUACUCAGUAGGCCAGGCAGCAUCUAUACAGAGGGAAACUAAGUUAAUGGUUCAGGUUGAUAACCCUUCUUUGGAUUCUGAUUCUGGUGAAAGUUUGUUGACAUAAAAUAUUAACUGAGUUUCUCUCUCCACAGAUGCCAGAGCUGGUGACCAUAUUAGUAUUUGCUGUUUUUUAUUUCAGACCUCUGGCUUUUGCAGUGUUUUCAUUUGUACAGCUUAAGAUACCCUGAUGAUAUGUUUAUGGGCUGUCCGGUGUUUGAGGGAAUUUGCUGCAUGAAAAUUUUACUUUAUAUGUCCUUCGUUAUGACAGUAAAUCACAUUUCUAAAAUACACCAUUGGCUAUAAAGCACUUUAGGCUGCCCUGAGAUCAUAAAAGGUGCUAAAGAAAUGCAAAUUUUUCUUUCGGGGGAGGAACAGGAUUGAAAUAUAUGUUGGAAGAAAGGGGAGGUUGUUUUUGAGAUCUCUGAAAAGUGAAUUGUUUCUGAACUUUGUGGUAAUGAUUUUAUGUCAAUAAAUUUGUUACUUUAAGUUUAGAAUGUUAGUUGUCUUCAAACAGAAACCAAGGACAAGAGUGUGAAAUACUUAAUGUAGUUGAAUACUGAGCUUUACACAAUCUAUUAUGUAUUAAAAUUACAUUUUGAUAGAACUGUAUUUAUCUUUACAAGAUUGAUAGAAAUUGCUAAAUUUAGGAAUUCUAAAUAUUUCAUUUGGACAUUUACCUCACUAAAUGAAGCUUGCUAAAGCAAUGUGAAGUACUAUCAAUUAAACCUGAUUGUAAAGCAGAAGAAUAUCAAUAUGUAAGAAUAUAAAGAUAACAAUCCUAUUGUUUGAAAUUGUAAAUGAAGUGCCAAAAAUAAUUUCCUAUUCUAUUCUUUGUAGGGGAUUUUCUGUGUUUAAACAGUAUCAAUUGCUUUUGCAGUGUAACUGUGUUAAGUUCUUGGUUUCUUGUUUGCUUUUCAACGUAUGUAUGUAAAAAUACCACUCUGAUUUUAACGUGAAGUAAUUUGUUUGUUAUCCAUAUAUUAAACCAUUAAAUCGAUUGUGAAAUGAUGUGCUGACUCUUCAGGUGCCUUGCAUUUAUAAGAUCAUGCAUUUGCAUAUAUAAGUUGUUUGUCCUUUUCUUGUUCUGUACACUGUUUUUCCAACAUUUCCAAUGAAGCUUUUGUUCAAAAAUUGAAUGCAGUAGGAAGUGCUUUAAGUGGUUGUCAUGUGACUUAUAAAGACUUCUGUUUCAUCCUUCAAAAUAGUCUGUUGUUUGCUGAAGUGACCAUGAAAAGAUUAAAAAUAUGCUUUGUGUUGUGAUCUUG